AUGCAAGAUCCACGAAAUCAGGUGCCACCUUCUCCCUCCAUCUCCUCACUCUCUUCCUCCGAUCUUGAUACAGAGUCUACAGGAUCCUUCUUCCAUGACAGAAGCAUCACACUUGGAACACUUAUGGGAUUUAGUUUCACAGCAACCAUGCCGAUGAUGCCAUUCAGAGCUUCUUCGCACCGCCACGUGUCACCCUCCGUCUCGAUCUCGCGAGCUUCAAGCUCCAAUCCUAGACACAACCAGAGGAAGCGUCCUCCUUCUAAUUCGGCCGACAGGCAUCAUCACCACCGCCGCAAGUGGUGGCGUUUUUGCCGAGACGACGACGGAGCCGGAAACGAAACCCACCGCGGCUCCGGAGAUUGUAGAAGGUCGUCGCUCGGAGAGUAUCUGGAGGUUGAACGGAGGUUUGGAGAUGAAGCUGUGUAUGCCUCAGCCGAGGCGGAGUUAGAGGGUGCGGUGGCUCGGUACCGGGAACAGCAGCCGGCGUUAACGGAACGGGCGUUGUUCGCCGACGGGAGGGUUCUUCCUCCGGCUUCUGCGGAGGUUGUUGAUACCGGAGAAGGUACGCCGGUGGCUACGGCUCUUUGUAAAUUCCCGGUUUCGUUAACCGGUAUAUGCAGCGGCGGUGGUGGAUGA